CGGCUACGGCUUGGCUCGAGCAACUGACAAGUGGGGUCCAGGAGCCAGCGAUGUGCGGCAUAGCCCUCGUCCUCUCCGGCGGCGGCCGCGUAGUCGUCGCUCCCUCCGCCGCCGCCGCCGCCGCCGUUGCUGCCGUCGGAAUCCAACCAAGCGACGAGGGGAAGGGCGUGACGGUGGAUGAGCUCAAGGCAGCCCUGCGGCGGCGUGGCCCGGAUAGCCUCGGCUGCGAGAGGCUCCGCGUCCGCGCGGAUGGCACGACCUUAGGGAGUGAUGGGUGUGAUUGUGGAGUUGGGAAUGGGGGUGAUGUGGGUGACACUGAGUUGUGCUUCAUCGGAGCAACGCUGCAGCUCAGGGGAGCUGAGCCGAUUUUGCAGCCGAUGGUGGGUCAAUCAGGAAAUGUUUUAGUAUAUAACGGUGAGAUCUAUGGAGGAGUCCAUGUUGCUGAUGACCAAAAUGAUACUCAAUCACUUCUGUCAUCACUGGAAUCUUGUUGUUCCUGUGAGUGCCAUGCUCUUGUUAGAGAUGAAGCAUGUCUCUGUUGUGGAAGUGUUGGGAAAUCAGUUCCACAGAUCCUUUCCACAAUCAAAGGCCCCUGGGCUUUGAUAUACUGGCAGAAGGACUCAAAAACAAUGUGGUUUGGCCGGGAUGCAUUCGGGAGAAGAAGCCUCUUGGUACAUUGGCCAUCACCUGAUGAUCCACGCUUUAUAUUAUCAUCAGUAUCACCCCCUUCAUUUGCAAGUAAUAACUCUGCGCCAACUGUCAAAGUUAUGGAGUCAGGGGAAGAUAAUGAUUUUCCUGAGUCCACCAACAUGAGUUACUGGGAAGAGCUUCCUUGUGGGAUAUACAGCAUCCAAUUGAAAAGCCUUGAAAAAAGUGGCAUGUGUAUGAAGGAAGCAUGUGUCUCCGAAGUUAGGAGGCAUGACUGGAUCAACUCUUCAUUGGAUGAAUUAAUCCAAUGGAAGAGGAAAUCGAUAGUUCCUACUGUGGAUGACUUAACUUCACAUCAGAAUUCUGUAGGGGACUAUUGUUUGUCUCAGAGCUUCAGAAACUCAACCGAAGCUGACAAAAAUGCUGCGUAUAAGGUGUUGAUUGCGUUGCGGGAAUCUGUAAUGCUGCGAACCAAUUUGAACAGACUCUUUCAGGAUGAUCUAAAUAAACUAAAGGAUGAUGAGCUAGCCCCAAUAGCAAUCCUUUUCUCUGGUGGCUUGGACUCCAUGAUACUUGCAGCAUUAUUAGACCAGUGCCUUGAUUCCAAAUGGACAAUUGAUUUGUUGAAUGUCAGUUUUGAUGGGCAACUUGCUCCAGAUAGGAUUUCUGCACUGGCAGGACUGAAGGAACUUCAGAGAAUUUCCCCUAUCCGUAGAUGGCGUCUUGUUGAGAUUGACACAGUUUUGACAAACUUGAAAGGAGAAAGUGAACAUGUGAUGUCACUUAUAUACCCUUCAAAUACUUAUAUGGAUUUAAAUAUUGGUAUAGCUCUCUGGUUGGCUGCUGGUGGGGAUGGUUGGGUGGAUGGAAGUAUAUGCAACAUGCAAGAUGGUUGUCGCUACAAGUACAAGUCAACUUCUAGAGUUCUUUUAGUCGGUUCUGGGGCUGAUGAGCAGUGCGCUGGUUAUGGAAGACAUAGGACUAAAUAUAGACUUGGAGGCUGGGUUUUACUUGAUGAGGAGAUGAGACUAGAUGUACAGAGAAUCUGGAAAAGAAAUAUGGGAAGAGACGAUAGGUGCAUUUCUGACCAUGGCAAGGAGGCACGUUUUCCAUUUCUUGAUGAGAAUGUGAUCAAAACUUUGUUGGAAAUUCCAUUGUGGGAUAUUGCUAAACUUGAUGAACCUGUUGGAAAGGGCGACAAGAAGAUCUUGAGAGAGGUUGCAAACCUACUGGGCUUAAAAGAGGCUGCACUUCAACCAAAGCGGGCAAUCCAGUUUGGUUCAAGAAUAGCGAGAGAAUCAAACCGCAAGAACUUCGGGAGCAACCGAGCCGCGAACCAGGCUUCCGCUGGCAGCGUGGAGAUUCACCAGCGUGCGCUGGAGGCGGCCGGGUUCGACUGCGCGCACCGCUCGGCGGUGGACGCGCUCGUCGACGUCAUCCUCCGCUACGUCGUGCACCUCGGCAGGACCGCGGCGUUCAACGCCAACCUCGCCGGCCGCGUCCUCGCCAACGAGUACGACAUCAUACAGGCGCUCGAGGAGAUCGGCACCGAUUUCGAUGGGUUCGUCGGCGCGGCCACCUCCGACCGCUGCCUUGUCGGCUCGGGCGUCGUCAGGGAGCUGAUUGAUUACGUUGAGUCCAAGCCCGAGGUGCCGUUCGUGCGGCCUCUGCCUAGCUUCCCGGUGCCGCGCGUGGAGCCGCAGCCAGCUCAAAGCUUCGCGAUGGCCGGGAAGGAGUCUGGGAUGAAGCAUGUGCCGGAAUGGCUCCCGGUGUUCCCGGAUCCACACACGUACAUAAGGACAGAGGUUUGGAGCGAAGAGGAGGCCAAGGCCAGGGUGGACAAGGUUGAGCAGGUGCGGCAGCGGAGGAAGGCUGAGAAGUCACUGCUCAGCUUGCAGCGGCGGUUGGCACUUGCAGGUGCUGAUGGAUUUAGGCCAGCGGUUACAGAGAAUACUGCGGAAAAGGGGAAGGAGAUACAGGUGGCUGGGAGCAAGAGAAAUCCAUUCCUUGAGCCUGCAUUGCCACCUGGGGAGAAGGAGGUGUCUGAUGUUGCUAUGCAACCACAGAGGAGGAAAAUCUCUGUCCUCGACGCAUUUGCACCAGCGAUUCAGGCUGCAAACAUGAUGGACAUUGAUACUGGGCCAGGUUGGGACAACAAUCAGAAUCAGAAGAGCAUUGUUCCCAAAGAGAGGGCACCGGUGCACCUCAAGAUUGGAAUUGAUAAGAAGCCGUUAUCAGCUGUGUUGAAUUCAAAACCCCUGGAUCUGAGGGAGGAUCCGUCUUUCUUGAAGGAGGAAGUAAAGGAUGAGCGGAAGCGGAGGGCGGGCAUGAUACUAAGGGCAUCAAUGGAGAACCCACAGGAGCUUCCGCAGCUUUAAUGCUGCAUAAUGUUGAUCUUGGGAUAAGCAGAGCUAUCAACAUUGUACAUGUUUUCUUUUUCUGGAUCUUCAAUGCGCGUUAUCUCAAGGGUGGUAUGACGCGAUCCUGUUCCAAAGAACACCCAACCUGCACCCAACCAGACAACUGUAAGCUGGAUUUGUUGUAACUAUGACCACCAUGCUGUUUCCCUCUAUGGUUGAUUCAAAAGGAGCUGAUUUUGGAAGGUCGUGCUUCUUAGCCCCCUCAAAGCCAUGGCCAGUCUUCAUCCAAAGAAUGACGCUCCUGCUCCCCUUUUGGUAAUCAAUCCUCUUUCCCGUGCCUACUCGUAGUAGAAAGAACGACUGAUGUACAAAACCUGACUAUGCUGACUAGGAUGGAUCGACAUUUUACUUAGCGAGUUCCUCCCUCAAGGCAGUUUCCUGAUGAAAUGUGUAGAAGUCAGAUUGAGAUGGUCGAUGCUGAAGCGAGUACUGAUUGAGAUUUUGUAGUUUGAGAAUCGUUUAUUUCCCAUUUGCUUGCCAUAUGAUGUGUCCUCAAUGUUUACACCUGACGACGUUAAACUGGGCUGAAAUCAGUUAAGUUAGCUCAGUCACACGUUGAAUGGCCCGUUACUUCUAAUGGGCUGAUAAUUUGAUCGAGGCUGUCAUGUUUAAUGGGCCAUGAUAAAUUUGACACACCAAAGUUGAUUAACA